GUCCUCUUGUCGGUCGUGUGCUCUUCGGCGCGGUCGCACAGCGGCCUGCCGACGUGGCGGCGGAAGAAGAUCAGCUGUGCGGCAUCGAACUGAUCACCAUGUCCCAGGCUGCCCCCUCUGACUUGGACCCCUCAGCAGACACUACCGGACCUCCUGUCCAACCCCCCCUCGCCCAACCAGACUCCUGUCAGGAUGUCCCAGCGGCCCUCACACCACCCUCGGCCCCCCCGCAGCCUCCCGAGAGUAUCAACCUCCCACAGUCCUCUGAGGAGACGACCACGGAGGAUGCUGCCUCCAGGCCCGACUCUUCAGAGGGUCUGACUGACCAGCCAGCAGAGUGUGCCUCUGAGGGUCAGCUGAUCGAAUGUGAUCAACCAGUGAGCCUGGAGCCAGAGUCGGAGGCUGCAGAGGGGGAUGUGGAGAGGUCAAUGCAGGACAAAGAGAAAGGCUGGGGAGGAUGGGGUUCAUGGGGAAAAUCUCUUCUGAGCAGCGCCUCCUCCUCUGUGGGUCAGAGUCUGAGCUCAGUUAAGGUGAAGGCAGGAGAGGCCCUGCGUCUCCACAGGACCUCAGUGGGAGAGGAGGCGAGAGAGGAGGUGGAGGAGGGAGCAGAGGUGAAGAGAGAGGCAGGAGGAGAGAGUGUAGAGGCAGACUCGUCCACCUCUGUGGAGUCUUCUUCUCCGACUGCAGCUGCAGCUUCUAGCAGAGGGGUUUUCUCUACAAUCACACAUGCUGUGCAGAACACGGGGAAGUCGGUGAUCAGUGGAGGUCUCGAUGCUUUGGAGUUCAUUGGGAAAAAGACGAUGACUGUUCUCGCUGAGAGCGACCCAGGUUUCAAAAAGACCAAGACCCUGAUGCAAAAAACUGUGUCACUGAGUCAGAUGUUGAAGGAGGCCAAGGAGAAGGAGCGGGCACGUCUGGAUUUCCUCCCAAUCAGUGCUCCCACAGCUCACUAUGGUAUUCUGUUUGAUGACUACCAGGGCCUGUCACACCUGGAGGCCCUGGAGAUUUUGUCCAAUGAGAGCGAGGGCAAGGUUCAAGCGUUCCUGUCCUCCCUGGUGGAAGAGGAGCAGGACGAGGUGAAGAAGGAGCUGAUCCUAAUCAAAGAUAUUUUCAUCAAACAAGAGGAAGACGAAGAGGAGGAUGAAGAAGGAAAAGAAGGAGAACAGACGAAGGAUAACGGUGAUCUAAGUUCCCAAUUACACUGUUCUACCCCCCUGUGCAUAGAGAAAUAUCAUCUUCAUCAACUCAGCAUGGGGGCUCGGAUGAGGGCCCACGAUUGGGUGAGCGAGGUGGAACAACCUGUCACUACGGAGACGGUUGGCAGGGAAAUGCAGGACCAGCUGGGAGGAGAGGCCACAUCUGUAGGGAAUGAAAAGGAGGAGAAGGAGGAAAGUGGAGAGGAGCAGGGGGAGGAGACGAAGGGAGGGGAGCAAAAGGAGAAGGAGGAGAAAGACAACGACUCCAGAUCUGUAGAGGCUGUCUACCUGUCAUCAGUAGGCAGUCUGGCAGAAGUGACAGCUCGCAGUAUCGAGCAGCUCCACAAGGUGGCAGAGCUCAUCCUCCACGGUCAAGAGUUGGAGAAACCAGCCAGAGACCAGGCACACAUCCUCACCAGGUUGACAUGUGCCAUGUGUAAGGAGGUGGAGUGUUUGGCCAAGAAGUUCUCUGAUACGAUGCUUCUUGUCGGGGGCCAGAGGAAAGCAGAGGAGCUGAAUCCACUGGUAGACAGUGUUCAGUUAGAGGGUUCCAACAGUACCAACUACAUCCAGAAUGCAUUUCAGCUGCUGCUUCCCGUCCUGCAGAUCUCCCACAUCCAGAACCAACACUGCCGACCCACCACAGAACCAGCGGCACAGACAGAGCACUAACCCCAAACCCUACACACACACGUGCCACGCGACCACCCGCUUGUCUUAAUAUAUCUGUUGUUGUACAGUGAGGUAUAGAGAUUAGAUUAUUCCAGAUUAAGUGCUUAUAUCUAUAUUAAAGGCCGCAGCAACAGGCAGAAGAUGUUGUUUAUAUGCAGAAUAUAAUCUUGAAGAUGAACUAAUAUGUGUAGGAAUGUCCCACGUGUUUCCUCCACCUCGUAUCUCUGAAUGUUACUUUGCUUUGAGGAACUAAAUGAUGUUCGGAGCUGUGCCUCACUGUGUCGAAUACUUAACCAAAAACUGAUUGUGUUGAAGGGAUUCUGCGUUAAUGUAUAUGAAGCGUUCUUUGCACUCCUUAUGGUCCAUUGAUAUUGUAACAGAAACGGUUUUGAAGAACAUCAGACAAAUGUUUUUCUGAAACUUUUUCAUCUGAUUUGAGACAAAUGAUCAGUGUUAAUGAUGAAACGUCUCAGUUUUUGCUUGCUUUGUUGUUCUCUCAUUGAAUUAUAUGAAGCAACACCUUAAACUUCACUCUCAUCCAGUGUGAUAUGAAAUAAAACGCUUAUCUUCAUAAUUAGAAAACAUUCACUGAAGAUAGCGAAGCUGAAAUCAUCUCUAAUUUUGUUAAGUUGUGCUGCUACACUGAAAAGACUUCUGACAUUUUGGGAAAAAGCAAAUAAGUGUGUUUUCCAUCUUGAAGAAUUAGCAUCAGCCAAAACAUGUUUGUGUCUUUGAAGUUUCUCUGGCCCCUCUUGAAUAAAAGCUUUUAAUAUUAUAUUGUUCAAAUCUAUAAAUUCAAACACUAAUUGAUCCUCAGAGGGAAAAGCUUUUUUUCCUUCUCUUGACUUUGACCACCUGAUAAGUUUAAUUGUGAGGUGCUCACAGUGCAUCUGUUUUUUAAUAUCCACUGUUAAAUUGACUGUUAGCUCCCAGCCUGUAUUAAUUAGACCUCUCUACAAUAAAAUACCCUCUUCCCCUUUUUACAUCUCUGAGAUUUAUUGAUACAGGCAAGAGAAGCUGCUCAGAUUAAGCAAAGAAAAUAUUAGUCCGGUUCUGUCAUAAUGUUUUGGCUCUGCGCUGCUUGUUCCUCAGAAUAUGAAAGCAUUUGUAAUGUGAGCAGGAAAAUCUCUGGGAGCUGAGUCAUUUCUUCAACUGUGCACAGUUUACUAAUGUGUUCAGCCGGCCCUCUAAUGAAACGCCCUAAGACUGUUUGAGGAUGAGAUGUAGAAAAUAAAGUUUUAAUCAUCUU